AUGACGACGAAGAUCCUAAUGAACGACAUGUACGUCGACGAUCUGGUUACGGGAGCCAACAGUCUCGAGGAGGCUGAGAUCAUUUGCGUUGAAGCAAACGAUAUUCUGCCACAAGCGAACAUGCGUCUUCGAAAAUGGAUGUCGAACGACGAAGAAUUGCUGCAGCGUAUCAGUGAACGUCAGAACGGAGGAACGACGUCGUUGAUGGGAGAAAUGCAACCACGAAAGGUUCUGGGAGUUGCGUGGAAUCCUCGAACAGAUAAGUUCGGCUUUGACCUGAGUGCACUGAUCGGGUUUAGAAGUACAAUGAAAAAUAGCAAACGUGCCGUACUUCAAUCCUGCGCACGCAUCUUCGACCCCUUCGGAUUCUUGGCGCCAGUUAUUGUCACCAGUAACGUGACGAUUCCAAGGAAGCUAGCCGAAGAGCUCAAUAACGGCGAGUCAACUAAGACUCUACGCGUCUUCUCGGAUGCUAGCCCACGAGCUUACGGCGCAGUCGCGUACUUGAGGACAGAAACACCACAAGCGGAUGUAAAUGUAGCAUUGGUGAUGUCCAAGUCACGUGUUACCCCUUUAAAGAAAAUGUCACUCCCACGUUUGGAACUGAUGGGUGCAGUUGCCGCCGCACGGCUGUCGAACUACAUCAUUAAAACGCUUCCUCCUCUCGAUUUGGCGAUCCAUCUUUGGUCGGACUCGACUGUAACCCUGCAUUGGAUUAAGGGUAAUGCCGAUCGAUGGAAACAAUUUGUCGCCAACCGCGUCUCCGAGAUUCAGCAGCUGACGGAUCCCGUUAAUUGGAGUCACUGCUUAGGAAAAGAAAACCCCGCGGACUUGCUUACGCGUGGCCAGCGACCGGACGCCCUCCUGAGAAGUCAAGUGUGGUGGAAUGGUCCACAAUGGCUACAGAUACCGCAGUCACAAUUUUUACUUGAGCCCUCGGUACCAGCAAACAUGGAAGAUUACUCCGCAGAAGAGAGAAAAAGUGUGAAGAUCCACCACGUUGUUACCGAACGGGUGUGA